AUGGCAUCGUCGCUCCCCUUGCAAGCUGCCGAGACGAUCCAGACGGCGCACAUCAACCACAACCCGUCGGCCGAACACGACAUCAAUCCCUCCACGGCCGCGUCUAAGAAGGAGCCCGUGACCGUCGAGUCGACCCAGCAGCAGCAGCAGCAUGCAUCUCUAUUUCCAGACGACGGGAUUGACGGGGACUCCGUGGAGGAGGAUGAUGACGACGACGACGAAGACGACGAAGAUAUCCCGUACAGCGUCUUGAGGCCGAAGCCGCGCCGGGCAGCGCACCUGCCGCCGCUGCCAGAUUUGAGAUACGAGCAGAGCUACCUGCACAGCAUACGGCAGGCUGACACGUGGGGAAAGGUUCUGUGGAUCACAGCGCGCGAUCAGAUCAUGAUGCCCUUUGCCCAGGGGAUUCUCUAUAACCUUGGCAUAUGCGGAUGGCAGUACUGGAACAAGACCGCCCAGCUUAGCGGGUCUUCGGUUGGGGCGAGAGUACGGCGCUGGUGGUGGGGAGUCAACAACUGGCCAAUACCUCGUGAAAAGGGCUCGUCUUGGUUGGGGCAGCAAGCGUGA